AUGGUGAGCUUUUUCGACCUCCCGGGCAGGAGCGAUGCCUACCGGACGGUGACGUCCAAAACCGCCCAGCGUACGUACUUCUACGCGGUGCUCCUGACAGUCACAUCCUCUAUCCUCUACGGUAUCGCUAUCCUCGGCUACCUGGGGUUCUACCGCGAAUAUGUGCCGCAUCAGGUGCGCACGGCGCCCGUCCACCUGCAAUACGCCUCGGCCCACUCCCUGCCCUCAGCCGCCAGUACGAAAGCCGGCAGUCGUCUCUUUGCUGCCGAAUCGGCGCUGCAGCAGCAUCUGCAAGGCGCCCACCCGCACCAUCCGUUUGCGCUCGCCGACCUUCGUGGUCUUGGCCUCAAGACCGACCAGGAGUACGACCUGUCUGUGGUGCUCUCGGUGCCACGCUCGCCCAACAAUCUCCAAGUCGGCAACUUCAUGGUCGAGCUCGCCCUGGCGGCCAGCAGUGUCAGCAGCGCAUCGCCGGCCAUCACUACCGCGACACGCCUUCCGCCCGCGAACCCACGUGACUUUCUCGAGUCGGGCGGCAAACGUCUGCUCUUUGCUGCAUCGCGCCCCGGCCUAAUGGCCUACACGGAUCCACUGGUGGCCCAGGCGACGCGCCUCACGCUGCUUCCGGUGCAUUUCUUCUCGCCGGAAGCCGCCUCCCGCACUCGCCUUAUCGUCCCCAUGGCAGAGUCACUGGCGUUUUCUGGAUCGGGUGGCCCGAGCGCCGUGCUGCCGGCGGUGCUGUACCUCGAGCUCCGCACGGGCGGAGAGCACGAGCUGCAGACGUACGGUGCUGAGGUUGUGUUUUCGGCCAAGCUGCGUGGCCUGCGCUGGCUCAUGUACCACCACCGGGUCUUCUCGUUCCUGCUGCUGACGACGACAUGGUGGCUGAUCGAAGUGGUGUUUAUGCUGGCCGUAUUUGUUGCGUUCGGUAUCUUCUUUGGCGCCAGCCGCGGCGAUGACGGAUACGAUAGAGGCCAUUCGAACGCAAGAUCCAUUGCUGAGACGCCAGGCCAUAAACCGAGCAAGCAAAUCGAGCCCAAGAAGGAAGAAGGGUGCGGUAAGGAAGCGAAACAAGCGCCCGAGAAAAAGGCUGGUGACUCUGGUGUCAAGAGUGAACCGCCGAGCAUCAAGAAGGAGCCUGAAGAUGUUAGCUUUGGAAAGGAGACGUCUAAGUUGGCAGCCAUCCCUCCAGAGGCUGUCACUACGACGAAGCCGGCCGAAAAGGAUUCUACUGUGGCCAAAGAUACCAAGCACGCUGAUGACGGCACGGGCACCAAGGACGACAGCAAAGGCAAGAGCAAAGACAACAAGGCUGCCUCACCCACAGCUCCUUCACACAAGACUCCUUCCUCCGGAAAGACUAUCAAUAACCGGAAGAGCAUCACCAACGAGCCUGGCGAAGAUGGCGACGACGAUUUCAACGACGACUACGACGAUGACGACGACUACGAUGAUGACGAAGGCGAUGCCGAACCCAUUAUUCCGCCGUCGCCCUCGCGGAAACAGAACAAGCCGCAGCCGCAAUCGCAGACACAGUCGCGUACGAGUAGCCCGGCUUCACCGAAAAAGUCGAAUAAAAACAAGGACUCGGCCGGGGCUACGGGACGGUCUUCCACGCCCCCGGCAGAUGGCACUCCCGUGCGGCAGAAGCCGCCCAAGAAAGAAGCGUCCAACUUGUCGACAACCAGCACAGCCUCGGGCGAUCAUGGCAGCCCAGCAAGGAAAAGAAUGUCGCAGUCAGUCAACGACAUUCAGCAAAAGGCGACCUAG